CGUAGCCGGAGCUUCCCCUCCACCCUCCAAGCCCGGUGUCUUGCAUCUUGAAACAGCCACCUCCAGCUGGCUUCAUCUUGCUUACACUCUUCCAAUCGACGCACCGAACAUUCAAUUGUAAACUCUAUAAUACAAAAUCAUAUCAGAAUACAUCCUCGAAGAUGCCACCAAACGAAGGCCUCGUUCACCCCAAAGAAUACGACUGGCGGGACUCCAACGUCGAGCUUGUCAACUCAGAGCUUGAUCACCGCGUCAAGUACCAGUCCGCCACCACCGAACCAGCAUGGAACAAUGGGAAGAUAGGAACUGAGCCGGGGCUUUUCAUCUGGCGCAUUGAAGACUUCGAAGUCGUUCCAUGGCCGAAGGAGAAGUACAGCCAGUUCCACGAGGGCGAUUCGUACAUCGUCCUCAACUCCGUCAAAGCCGCACCGAAGCAGAGCGACAACAUCGAAGACGGAGAGGGAGAAAAGGAUAAACUGAUACAUGACAUAUUCUUCUGGCUAGGCAGUCACACAACGCAGGACGAAGCGGGCACCGCAGCCUACAAGACGGUCGAGCUAGACGAGUUCCUACACGGCGCAGCGACCCAGCACCGCGAGAUCCAAUCCGCGCCCUCCGAUGCGUUCAGCGCGCUGUUCCCCCGCGUCAAGAUCCUGCGCGGCGGCGUGCGCUCCGGUUUCACCCACGUCGACGUCAACGAGACGCCCCAACAUAUCGAUACCCUGCUUCGCAUCUUCAAGCAUCCUAGCCCGGCGGCCGGCCGCGACGCGAUACUCGUACACGAGGUGGAACCGACAUGGAAGAGUCUGGACGAAGGCGACGUGUUCGUCUUGGAUAGAGGGGAUAAGAUAUUCGUGUGGCAGGGCAAGAAGUGCUCUCCUAUGGAGAAGAUGAAAGCUGCACAGGUCGUUAACGACCUCACGCUUGCGAAGCACGUGGAUGUGGAGGUUCUCUCGCAGAACGAGAGCCGGUCCAAGAUCGUUGUCGAUCACCUAGGUGGCCAGGACGUCAAUCCGCUUGAGACUACGUUUACAGCCGAACAGCCCAUCUCGUCGCGGUCGUCGCAGGAUCGCGAGAAGAAAUUGUUUCGGUUGUCAGAUGCUGAGGGUCAGCUUAGCUUCAACUUGGUUAAAGAAGGGAAGGCGAUCAAUAGAGAGGAUUUGGAUGGGAAUGAUGUCUUUCUGUUGGAUUCUGGAAAGGGUAUUUGGGUUUGGGAGGGACAUGCGGCGAGUCGCGCGGAGAAGAAGAUGUGGUUGCGCGUGUUGCAGAGAUAUGUCGCGCAACAAGAGGAUGCUGCAAGCUUGUCGUUUGCAAAGGUUGUGCAAGGGAAUGAGGGGCGAGGUUUUUGGACUGCAGUUGAGGCUUGAUCUCAUUGACAUAAGAAAUGUAGAAGAUAGCUAAUAUCUAGCUUCGAAUAUCUUGCAACUCGAUUAUACGGCC